AUGGAUCUCGAUUCAAAAUUAACAGCGAACAAACGACAAUUCGAGUCUGGCGGAAUCAGUGAAGAUGACUUUAAGAAAAAUAAAAAAAGGAUAAUAGAAGAGUGGUUAAGCAAAUCGAAAGAAACCAAACAACCUGAACAUUCUCGUGAAACGGACUUGUAUGCGGUUCUCCAAUUGACACCCAGCGCUACUGAAACUGAGAUUAAAUCAAGUUACAAGAAACUUGCUCUGAGAUAUCACCCUGAUAAGAAUGGCGGUGUUGAAACCGAACAGGCAUAUCAAAUUCUCUCUGAUGAGAACAGUCGCGUACUUUACGAUAACCACGGAACAGUCAGCGGCGGAGGAGAACUUUGGAAACCCUACAUCGGUGACCUGGAAAUUGGUCUCUGGAUACAUUCAUUUGAUAGCAAUAGUUCACCCGAAUUAGAACAUGAAACCUCUGUUAAGCAGAAAGAACGUCGUCAUAACAUUCGUGUUCGAAACAUUAGUAGUCAUCUGCAAGACAAACUUUCUCAAUUCCCGGAGCAAAUCAAUCCUUCGUUUAAGCAAAGCCUUUCUCUAGAAGUCCAGAAACUUAUUGCAGAACCUAACGGCAAAGAGUUAUUAUCCUUACUAGGCGAAAUUUACAUUUCUGAGGCCAAAACCCAAUUAAGCAAAGAAAUAUUCUCCAAUAACAUAUUCUCUAAUCUUUUUAAUGGCUUCAUGUUUGCUUUGGAUUUAAUUCAUGAAGUCGUAACAAACAAGACUAAUAAGGGGUCAGAAGAAGAGAAAGUUCUCAAUAACACGGAAUAUAGUAUGGAUAAACGCGAUCGUCUUGCAAAUUCACUACUUCUCUUAGGCAAGUUGUGGGUGGAAUAUGCAAAUACGGCAUUAGAAUGA